CAAACCCUUCCUGAGGUGAACGUAACGAGAGAUUAGUUUCAGCAUUACCAUACGUCGGCUGUUGCUCAAAUUUAGAAACAAUUGUCGUACCUACAAACACUCACAUCUCUAAGGAAUGUUUUAAUCAUUUAUUUUUAAGCAGUUUGACCCCCCCCCCCCCCCCAUCCUUAAUAGUAGCAGACAUGGUUGAACCAGCAACACGCAUGUUUGCAUCAUUAGAAGAAGAGCUGGGCUUCUGGAAGGAGCAGGCAGAGAGACAUCAUCAAAGGGCUGAAGAGGCUCAGGAGGAGCUGCAGGAGUUUCAGCAAAUGAGUCGAGACUACGAAGCAGAACUGGAAACCGAGCUGAAGCAGUGUGAAAGUCGAAACAAAGAGCUGCUUUUAGACAACAACAGACUCCGCAUAGAACUGGAGAGCAUAAAGGAGAAAUUUGAGGCUCAGCAUUCGGAUGCUUUUAGACACAUCACCACGUUAGAGGAAGAUCUGGCACAAACUACAGCAGUGAGAGAUCACCUGCAGAAAUACAUCAGAGAGCUGGAGCAAUCCAACGAUGACCUGGAAAGGACCAAAAGGGCUACCAUCAUGUCACUGGAGGACUUUGAGCAGCGGAUGAACCACGUCAUUGAGAGAAACGCCUUCCUGGAGAGUGAAUUGGAUGAGAAAGAGAACCUGCUGGAGUCUGUUCAGAGGCUCAAGGAUGAAGCCAGAGAUCUUCGGCAGGAGCUGGCUGUACGCCACAAGGAAAGACGGCCGUCCAGCAGCCUGGGCAAAGACACAGAUCGAUUAGAUCUAACAUGCCCCUCAGCUGCUAACUCAUCCAUCCCCGUCACACCCUCCAAACCCAUCAGCUCAUUUGCCACGCCCCCUGCUUCCAGUAUCAGACGAGGUGAUGGAUUAACUGGGACUCCUCUUACUACGUCUGCUAGAAUAUCUGCACUCAACAUCGUUGGGGAGCUGCUAAGAAAAGUUGGAAAUCUGGAGUCAAAGUUGGCGUCCUGUAGAGACUUUGUAUAUGACACUUCAGUCAGCAGACCAGCACUUCCAGCAGCCACAGGUAGUCCGUCUUGUAUAGAAGGAGGCGCUGACAACCACGCUACCAGCAUGAGCCCCCCUCCUCAAUUUGACAGUUUAGUGAAGCGGUUAGAGUUCGGACCCGCUCCCCCGAGAGGAGUCUCCCAAGGUGCCCAGUCUCCACAGGGAGGGGUGAAGAUCCUGCUAUGAGAGUAAAAGAAAGGCAUCCAUGAUGCCAACCUCCUGUCCACUCUCCCUCCUUACAGCAAUGGGACUUCAAACUGUGCUGUCUUCCCGUGUCGCUACAUGUCCUGCUGAACUCUUUGAACGAGAACGCCUCUCUCUCUCUCUCUCUCUUAAUUAGCACAUGGAAUUCUGCCGCCUUAGGCUAGCAUCACACCAUAUCCAUCAUAUGAAGCAGCACUUCAGCGUCUGUAAUAUCAAGGAAUGAAGAGCGUACUGAUCACACAUUAUCCUCUGCUGUGUCUGUUGCACUGUGGUGGGUAGCUUCUUAAAAAAUAUUACUCAACUUCUGUAUCUACUGAUUUGCAUUUUUGGGUGGAUCAAGUCCAUCAGGGAUCUUAAAGCAUGGCCCCUCCGACAUAAUGUCUUCCUGCAAUCUUCCAUUUAUCAUAAGAUGGGGACCUCGUAUAGAACCAGUGAUAUGACAGCAUCUUAUUAAGACGCUGAUAAAGGGACCAAAAGGAUGGAUAGUACAAAAUGUGAUAUGAACAAAGUCUGAACAAAGGUUUGAUAGAUAGAAACUGAUCAACCGUGAUAGUAAUGGGUUUGUUUUUUUCCACUCUUUUUGUGGCUCUUAAACAUGAAAACUUAAAUAAGUGUUUUGAAACAUUUAACUUUGGGCUUGAAUAAUGUAGCACAGAGCUACACUGGGAGUGCAUUAGAAAUAGUUGGUUAAAAAACACGGUACACUUUUCCAGCCUAUGCCCCCAACAUUUUUGGCUUGGAAGACUCCACUGCUCUUUGCUCUUAAGUGAGAGCAAAUGAGUGGAUGCCAGGAACUGGUGAUAGUAUUUUAGCCUUCGCUGCCUUCACCAUUGGUAUACCUCUUUAGCUUGUAGGCUCUGCUUUGCGGUAGUGAUUUGAAUAAAUUAAAUGGGGCAUCUAUUCCUCCUGCUUCCAGACAUCUGGAAAUGAUGGACUGUUGAUUUCUUUCAAGCUGGUUUGAUAUCGCAGCUAUCCAGUUUGACCCUGGUCCUUUCUUUAACACCUUCCUUCUGCCAUUAAACAGACUUCUUGUUUCUGCAGACGAGCAAUGCUUGUAAAUGUCAACAUUGGGAAUAGAAUACGUUUUGUGCCUCGGAGAUGAAUUGAUAAUUUGUUAUCCUGUUAAUUUUAUGAUCUCAUGUUACUAGUAACUUUUCUACAGGUUGUAUCUGACUGAAGAUGUUAGAUUGUUACAUGUUCACUACUGAAUGUAGAGUAAUAAUUUUACAAGUGUGAGAUCUCCUGACUGCUGCAGGGGGGUUGUGUGUGUUGGAGGGAUGGGAGCCAGACAAAGCAAUAAUAGAUUUUAUGAAAGUCGUUGAAGAUAAGCACAGUACAAAGUAUAUUUGUGUAGGUAUAGAACUGAUAUCAGAUAUCCUGUCCUGCCUUUUA